UGUGGAAAGUUCCUGUGCAGAGCAGGAUCCUUGGCAAGAAUUCACCUCCCCCAGAAUGCAGCAAGUCUGGCUGCUUGUGCAGGGGAAGGUGCCAAAGGAGCCUGUGCACAGCUUGGGUCACAAGCUUCCCUCAGAGCAGGAGCAGUGCCAAGCGAUGUGCCUUGCUGCGGUUUGGGGGCAGCGUGGGAUCUCCCGGAGCAGCUUAAUCCCAGGGCUGCUUGGAAGGGGGCUCCUCUCUCACCUGGGGAGUGUCGCAAAGCUGUCACACGGAGUUUUCAAGACAUUGUACGUGCCAUUUUAAGUCUUGUGGAACGCGAUUUGGGAGAUCCCAUGCAAAAACCAGAGCUACGCUGGCUCAGCACAGUGACAGGCUCGGCUCUGCCAGAGAGAUUCGUGCCCUCGGCAAGCCCGGCUGCGUCUCGCUUCGUGUGCGAGCUCGCUUCCCGCGGGAGGAACCCACCCGGGGCAGGCAGGGAGCGGGCAGGCAGCUCUCGCAGCCAGCCUGGGCACGGCAGGCGGGGACACGCGUGGGACACACAGCGCAGACACAGGCUGCCACCUGCCCGCGGGGACACGCGUGGGACACACAGCGCGGACACAGGCUGCCACCUGCCCGCGGGGACACGCGUGGGACACACAGCGCGGACACAGGCUGCCCCUGCCCGCGGGGACACACAGCGCGGACACAGGCUGCCACCUGCCCGCGGGGACACGCGUGGGACACACAGCGCGGACACAGGCUGCCACCUGCCCGCGGGGACACACAGCGCGGACACAGGCUGCCACCUGCCCGCGGGGACACACAGCGCAGACACAGGCUGCCACCUGCCCGCGGGGACACGCGUGGGACACACAGCACAGACACAGGCUGUCACCUGCCCGCGGGGACACACAGCACAGACACAGGCUGCCACCUGCCCGCGGGGACAGGCAAGGACAGCCGGCAGCCCCAAAACAGCCCAGCGUGGCUGCUCAAGCAAGUUUAAAGGAGCUUAA